UCUCCUCCCUAGCUCGCUCGUUUUUAAUCGCACAUUGAACAAACAUUCAAGAAACUGCAAAGCUGAAAGUGACAAGGCUGCUCGCGCGGUUGGCGGGGAAAGGAGAAUCAGUUAGCAACACAACCAAUCGGUGAAGGCAAGCCCUACGAUUCAACACAAAAAGAAACUAGCCCAUUUUUAAAAACCUCUCGUAUAUAAUAUAGACGGCUACAGUUUAAAAUCCUGAUCUGGAUGAGGAAAUGAUUUCUGGAGCAUUUUGUGCGUGUCUCAGUUCCUGCGGGUGUUUCAAGGGGAUGUGAACUAACAGGACUGUGAAGUCUGCAUGAGUCCCUGAUAUACCAGCUGAUUUGUUUAUGGAGCUUUGGGCAAGGGCCAGGCCAGCUCCUCCGCCCCCCUGCGGCUUCCCAGGCGAUGGUGCUGCCCCCGGCCCAGGGAGGACCCCGGCUGCCCCGCAGAGGCUGACCCAGGAGGAGGAGGAGGAGGAGGCUUGCCCCGCGAGCGCCCGGGCUCAGUACUAUGGCUGUGUACUGCUAUGCGCUCAAUAGCCUGGUGAUGAUGAAUAGCAGCAACGAGGUGAAGAGCGGCGGUAGCCGGAGCAAGACGCCUCCUCCCCGGGGGCAGGUGCUGCAGGUCCCGGAGCCGCACGGCGCCUACUGCCCCAGGCUCAGCCCGGGCGCCAGGAGCCCCAGCUGCCCCCGGAGGAGCUCGACCUUCCUCUUUCCCCCGGGGGAGCAGCCGCCGCCAGAGGAGCCGGGGAGCGCCGGGACUCCUGGGGGCAGCAGGCGGCCCAGCAGCCCGAGCUGGCUGGGAAGGGAAGAGCCGUCGCGGCCCCGCCAGCGGGAGCUGCAGAACGUGCAGGUGAACCAGAGAGUGGGGCUCUUCGAGGCGCACAUCCAGGCGAGCAGCUCCGCCACCCUGCACCUCAAGAGCCCGCGGCUGGGCAGGAGAUCGCCGUCCCCCAUCCCGCCCCGCCGCAGCCGGCCCCCCGGCGGAGACCCACGGGAAGCGCCCAGGAAGGAGGAGGAGAAGGUCCCGACAAGCCCCUUUCCCUGGCCGGCGGCGGAGACGGGGAUAGCACAGGAGCCAGGAGAGACGGGGAGGGGGCGGGAGUCCCCCGGGGUGCAGGUUUCCGGGGAGACGGAGAGGGGGGGUGGGCACUGUGGAGCGCAGAUUGCCGGGGAGAUGGAGAGGGGGAGCAGCACUCUCGGAGCGCGUUGUACAGAGGAGAUGAAGAGGGGCGGUGGGAUGCCCAGAGGGCUGGGAGCGGAGGAGAUGGAAAAGUGCAGCGGGUCCUGCGAACAGGAGGGACCGGAGGAGACGGAGAAGUGGAGCGGGUCCCCCAGGGCGCAGAACUCAGAAGUGAUGGAGAGCAGGGAGAGGGUUCACCCAGCGCAGGGCUCGGAAGUGAUGGAGAGGAGGAGCGAGUCCAGUGGAGCGCAGAGCUCAGGACUGUUGGAGCGAGGAGAGGGGACCCACAGCGUGCAGGGCUCUGGGGUGAUGGAGGGAGGAGAGGGGACCCACUGCGUGCAGGGCUCUGGUGUGAUGGAGUGGGGCAGGGUAGCCCUAGAAACUCAGGGUUCCGCAUCAAGAGAAGAGGGGAGCGAGAACUGCGGAUGGCGGGGCUUGGACUCUUCAGCUGCCCCGGAGCAAGGGAGGGGUGAAGAGCAGCAUUGUCCCCCCCGGACUGGCUGCUGGGGGGAGCUCGGGAGUCCGCUGGCCUGGGCCGGCUCUGUGGAGGAGCUGUGCCCAGUGCCUGGGAGCUCCUUGGGAGCAGUGGAUCAAGCCUGUGCCCGGCUGCAGCAGGACCACCUUGGAGACCAUCAGCUGCUGGUGACAGCAGCACCCACAGAACAAAAGGGGAAACCCCCGGGGGAGGGCUGCUGUGGGAGCAGCAUCCCCGCUGUCAUCAUUACUGACCUAGGGGGUCAGGAGGAGGAGGCCGGGGAGAGCCCCCGAGUGAACAUGCCCAUCAGGAAGCUGUCUUCCUCUUCGGCUUCUUCCACUGGCUUCUCCUCAUCCUGGGAAGAGUCUGAGGAGGACAUCUCCAGUGACCCCGAGCGCACCUUGGAUCAAGCCCAGCCCUUCCUGCAGACCCUGGACCAGCACAAACCCAGAGUGAGCAAGUCAUGGCGGAAGAUCAAAAAUAUGGUGCAGUGGUCUCCCUUUGUUAUGUCCUUCAAGAAAAAGUAUCCUUGGAUUCAACUAGCAGGGCAUGCAGGUAGCUUCAAGGCUGCAGCCAAUGGCAGGAUACUCAAGAAGCACUGUGAAUCUGAGCAGCGCUGCUUGGACCGCUUGAUGAACGAUGUCCUUAAGCCCUUUGUUCCUGCCUACCAUGGGGAUGUGGUGAAGGAUGGGGAGCGGUACAAUCAGAUGGAAGACCUGCUGGCUGAAUUUGACUCCCCCUGCGUUAUGGACUGCAAGAUGGGAGUCAGAACGUAUUUGGAAGAAGAGCUAACAAAGGCCAGAAAGAAGCCAAGCCUGCGGAAGGACAUGUAUCAGAAGAUGAUUGAAGUAGAUCCCAGUGCCCCGACCGAGGAGGAGAAUGCCCUGCAUGCAGUAACCAAGCCCCGAUAUAUGCAGUGGAGGGAGACCAUUAGUUCUACAGCAACACUGGGAUUCAGAAUCGAGGGGAUAAAGAAAGAAGAUGGCUCAGUGAACCGGGAUUUCAAGAAGACAAGAACAAAGGAACAGGUCACAGAGGCCUUCAGAGAAUUCACUAAAGGAAACCGUAACAUUCUGAACGGUUACCUUAAUCGGUUGAAGGGGAUCCGUGACACCCUGGAAACAUCGCCAUUCUUUAAAUGCCACGAGGUAAUUGGGAGCUCCCUCCUCUUUAUUCAUGACCAAAAGGAACAGGCCAAAGUCUGGAUGAUCGACUUUGGGAAAACCACACCACUGCCAGAGGGACAAUUCCUCCAGCACAACGUGCCGUGGGUGGAAGGGAACAGAGAGGACGGCUACCUCUGGGGGCUGGACAACCUCAUUGAGAUCCUAAUGGAAUUGUCACAGAGCGAGGACCUGCAUUAAAGCCAUAUGUCCAACUCCACCACUACCCAGCAUCCUGCCCCUCAAACUGACUCUUCUGAACUGCACUACAAGACACUUUCCAACGCCCCCCCCCCGCCCAUGUUAAAGCUAUAACUUCCCUAUUUAAGGUGGUUUUUAGUUUUUGUACAUAUGUAGAUCACCUGCCAGAACAAAUGCUGAACUUGAAACCUUGGCUUUGCUCAGUAGAUGGGAGCAGAUCGUGUUGCUCGUCGCGGGCGCCUGAGCAGCGAGCAGCUGUGGUCUGAUUGGCUAGGCGAACGCAUGCUCUUUCCAUAGCAUUUCUAGCUCUUAGUCAAUCUCUUUUGAACAAGAACUUACGUAGUGAGCAGUUGUGCAGCUGACGCGCCCUCCAGUUGAACGAAGAUGGUGUCCGAAGCCUGAGUUCUGUUGCUCCUGAACUGUGUAAUUAAAGCCCUUCCAGCUAAGUGAAUGACAGAAUUUAUUCAGCUGUAAGGAUCAUCUGUCCUCUAGUGGCUGGUGUUGGUAACACACCGUCCUCAAAGCAGUCAAGGCUUCAUAGCUUUUAGAUUGCCAUUUUAAGUGUCUUAGGGUUUAUGGAAUAAGGAAGACACAGAUCCUGGAGAAGGUGAAGGCAGGGAUACCAGAUUGGGAGCGGAUUGGUUACAUUUAAUAACAUCCUUUGUCCUAGGAAGCUAGAGGUUUGGAAUCCUUAGGAGAUCUAGGUUUCUCUCUCUUCGAGCAACCUUGUUAUCCACUUGUGAUUGUUCCGUUAUUUUCGAGUGGCCAUUGGAAUUGCGAAGUCUUUUCUUGUCAAUAACCAAGUGUGGUGUGACUGUGGCUCUUACUAACCUAUUUGGUGCUGGAUGAUGAGCUUCCCUCUAACCACUGAGGUGGGCUGGCGUUGUCAGCUGUAGAUGUUUACCAUGGGCCCGUCUUUAAAUUGAAAUCGCCUUUGAGCAACUUAGCAGUAGGGCUGUGUGCUGGCACGUGAAGAUCUGAGACUGAUGCUCAGACCUCCUCGGCCAGCACUGACUGGGAAUACUGUGGAACCAAUAGUCUGAACCAAGACAACAAGGAAGAGAUUUCUCUUCUGUCUCCAGCGAUCCUGCUCCCAUUAUAGGAGCAACUUCCAGCCCUCCUAACCUGGGAUGGUGGCCUACCAUGUGGCUUGAAGCCUCAGAUGAGGCUGAAGGAGAGUGAAAGUGGCUAUAGGGACCAUUGUGAAACUUUAAAAAGGCUUCAGUGUUGGUGGGUAUCUCCUAGCAAUAAUCAAGUAAGCUGUCCUCUGUGCUGUGUAAGGCUAAUACUACCAAGUGUGCAAAAGGGGAUGGGAACCCCUGGUAAAUCUGGGUCAGAAGGGAGUUCACAGGGGGAGCGGUCUCCAUUAUUUUUCAAUGCCUUUGAACGUCUUUUGUAGUAUCCUUGUUACAAGCCCUAACGAUUGGCAAAUGCCAGGCAUACUUAUGGGUUCUUGUAGAACCAGUCCUGGCUACAUCUCAAACAGAAUUGCAUUAACUCAUCUAAAAGGUUUCUUUCAUAUGCAGGGCCGGCUCCAGGCACCAGCCGAGCAAGCUCGUGCUUGGGGCGGCAGAUUCUACGGGGCGGCAUUCCGCCCAAUCCUAGGGCGGCACGGACGCGGGUUUUUUUUUGUUUUGUUUGCUGAUCCGGCUGCCCUGUAGAGGGCGGCAGCGUGGAGGAGGGGAGCGCCCUGCAGUAAACUCGGCAAGGCAGCCUGCGUCCUUCUCUCCCAGCUGACCGGAGCGGUGCAGAGCCCUCCUGGCAGGCAGUGCGGCAGUCGGGGUCACGUGGCGAGCGCCCCGCUGAAGCGCUGGCCGCCCCCCUUCUCUCUCUCCCCCCCGCUCCCCCCCUCCCCUUCGCUAGCCGGGGCACGUCUGCAGCGCAGAGAGUCCCCCUGCACCUUGGCUCCGGCCGUGCCGCAGGUUUUUUUUUCCUCCCCUGCUUUGCCGCUCCAGCCCCCCCCCCUUUUUUUUUGCUUGGGGCGGCAAAAAAGCCAGAGCCGACCCUGUUCAUAUGUGCAAACAACCUACCCCUAGUGGUGUGCGCUUGAGAGCUCUUAUAUCUACAGCGGUAUAUGGAGGGGAUUAGGGCAGGGAGGCAGCUCUCAAGGUUAUCGCCUCAGUUUUACUGGGUAAGACACAGGGAUUUAAGGCAACACCUCCUCCCACACACACCUUCUUUGUUACCCAUGUAGCUCACUAUAUCCAGCUCUGGUUUUCACAAAUAGUUCCCUAAUCUGCUCUACCUAAAUUGGAUGUAGACAUGGCCUUUCUGUUUCAAGGCUUGUGAAAACAACCAGUUCUCUAUUUAGGGUGGAGGCUCAUUUUUAACUUCCUGGAACAUUUGAACUAAGCAGCAUGCUUGCAGCAGAGCUAGCUUGCUAAAGGUCAGAUAUUGACGUGGGAGGGGAAGGCCGUUGGUGCCUCUUGGUCUUCCUGGAAAGCUUGGAGUUCUCCAGAGCUUAGGACAUAAGGACAGUAUUGAGCUUGGAUCAUGAACAAUCCCGCAGCUUUUUCUCCAUGAAUAAUACAAGCUAGCUAGGAGUCUGGCAGAAGUUAUGAACCUUUCUCUCCCCCUCCGCCCCCCAACUCUGAAAGACCAUUGUCUCAUCUCUUUCCCCGGUAGUGAUGCUAUCAGCCUGCUCUGCAAUAGUUAGAUGGGUGCAACUUUCCUGCGUCAGGAAGGUACCUUCACUGCGGCACUAGGUGUGUGUGUGUGUGGCGGGGGGAGGGCGCAACUCGGCCAUCCGUUGUUCCCCAGCCAUGCACAAGUCUCUCUCAUGGAGAUUAAAAUCUCGUCAGACUUUCUCAGUUCAUAUCUCACCAGGCGCAGGUCUGUAGUUCUGAGCAUACAGUUGUAAAUGGUUGCACUGUUCAGCUUUUUGCCCAGGUUUCCUAUGCUGCUUAGAGUAGCCCCUGUGGAAGUGCCUUACGAACUUGCCCCUGUUCCAUUAGUGUCAUGGAAAAGGUUUUUAAGUUAUAUUUAUUUUCAUUCCUUUUUAAUUGCACAAAACACUACAACUUAAUGCAUGGACUCUUUUUUUUUUUUUAAACAACCCUGUAUUUUUAGUUUUUAAAAUGUCCUUUUCCAGCUUUGGGGAAAGGGCUUUAAGCAGCAGCCUAGAUAUGUACCAGUUUUAGCUGUAGUUUAGCUUUGCAUUGCUCCUGUAUAUGUAUAUUAUUUUAAAGUCUGUUUUGUAAACCCGAUUCCUUGCUUUGUGGCUUCGAAAGAAGCAGAUUGUUUCCCCGGAUGUCUUAUGCCUUCCUGGAGGCUGGAACUGUUGCUGUGAGGUAUUCCUCCCCCCCUCCCCUCGGUCACUGGGUGAUGCAGAGUAAAUCUGAACUGUACUGAAACACCAACGCACAGUGCCUGUAAAGAGCCUAUAACUUCCAAAUAAAGGCAUAUGAAAACCA